AUGAAAACGUUUGUGUUUCUGGUUGGUCUACUGGCCGUUGUUGGUGCCGAAUGGAUUGAGAUCGAUUGGCCAUCGGUGCGUCCGAUCGAAGAGUUCGAUCACUACUGGGACCGUUUGCCGGCCGAGCUACAAGUCUACCGUACGAUGCGUGGAUCGCACCGCAUCACCAACGGACAGGAAGCAACACCCGGGCAGUUCCCGUACCAGAUCGCUUUGCUGAUUGAUUUUUCCCAAGGAACGGCACUGUGUGGAGGUUCCGUGUUGACCCGCAACUUCAUCCUGACCGCUGCGCACUGCGUUGUGGAGAAAGCAUCGACAUUGGCUAUGGGUGGUGUCGCCAUCAUGGGAGUACACAAUCGAACCGCCCGGGAGGACUCACAGCAGCGUAUUCGUUUCACGUCAAGCGGCAUACGGCGUCAUCCGCAGUUCAAUUCCACCAGCCUUCGGAAUGAUAUUGCCAUUGUACGGCUGGAUUCGUCGAUGAGUUUCACCGCUCGCAUCCAGCCUAUCCGUCUGCCGGCUCGUUCGGACGUGCGGCUGUUUGGAGGGUACAUCGGAACCGUGUCUGGAUUCGGGCGUACCUCGGAUACCAGUUGGAGCAUCUCCGCUGUGCUCAGGUACACGACCAAUGCGAUCAUGACCAACACGGAAUGCGUUACUCAGUGGAGCUAUGAUACCAUCUCGAACCAGAACCUGUGUAUGUGGGGCACGGGUGGACGUUCUACCUGCAAUGGGGAUUCCGGUGGGCCACUUGCCAUCCAGGAUGGUGACCCGAUUCAGAUCGGAGUGGUAUCGUUCGUAUCUGCUCGCGGUUGUACCGUCGGUAAACCAUCGGUGUACACUCGUGUCUCCAGCUACGUGGACUGGAUUGAGGUCAACUCCGAUUAUGUUGGUCGUCCGUAA